AUGCAACAAGAACCCACGAAUAGCCGAUCUUCGGCGACUUCAUUUUCAACAUACCAGAGCAAUGCUCACUCUCGACUUCAGGAAGCGGAUAAGCUUCCCAGUUUCCAAAUGCACCAGUUCUACAUCAACCGUCAACUGAUAGAGGACAAUCAUCCACAUAAUCCUCCGCCGUUCCGUAACUGCAACCCGACAGCUCCUCGGACUCACAAUAGGGUCACUUUUGAUGAUUCCCUCAAUGCCUAUGCUGCGGUUUUUGAAGACGAAGCUGGAGAUGGAGAAGCCGAAAGCCCUCCAGAGUCUCCCACCACGACGAGGCGUCAGAGUUUCAACGACCUCGGCCGAAUAUUGGACGAUCUGAGACUACGACCCUCAACGGGAAACCAGAGACGAGACUCGAAUCAGCGACGAACUUUUGGGAGUAUGCUAACGCGAACUGCAACUGCCACAUCCCAAGCCAGUAGGCGAUUCUCGGCGUCGUCUUCUGUCUCCGAGGAAGACUCAGCUUCUACUCGGACUGUCAGGCGGACAUUGACCAAUAGAAGUGCAGGUACGAACCCUGCUUAUUACGCUGAUUUUGAGACCGAACGUGAGUCCAUUCUAAAGAAUUUGGGACUUCUCCAGAACAUUGGAAACACCCUGCUCAAAAUGCAGAUAUACGUUGUGGAUCACGAUGAUUCCGUUUACGGAGUCAAGGAGUACAAUCUGGGAGACCUCGUUUCCGGGUUUUUGCUCGUGACUAACAAUUCCAAGGAGGACAUUCCUUUUGAGAUGGUUUCCAUUUCACUUAAAGGAACCACCAAUGUGGUCAAGAAGCUCGGUGAGAAGACCACUCUUGAAUUCCUCAACAUGGUAGAUCUGGAAUCGUGUCUUUUGCGCGAAGACUGUGAGACGCGUUAUAAUGCUAAGACUGGAAAGCUGGUGAACUUGGGUUUACCGGCUGAUCGCAUCUUCCGUGCUAACCAGGUCUAUAAGUUACAAUUCCUCUUCACUAUUCCAUCACGACUUCUGGACGUCGUCUGCGGAAAACAGAUGACUAAGCACUUAAUGCUACCACCGUCUUUCGGUAUUUCCGGGCUCAUGUCUGCGUUCAUGGGAGGUACUCCAACUUCUGGCUUUACCAUACGAGAUCUAAGCUCAGUGGCCUACGGAUAUAAUGAGGGUAAACACUUCAUUGACGAGUCUGAUCUUCUGGCCCUGGACGAGGAUCCGCAGCUUUUGCGCGGUGGUGACGGUAUUUUGGUCAAUGAUGUGACCUCUUCUUCAUACUCCAUAUCUUAUUCUCUAGAGUGUGUGAUUAUCGGUAAAGAUGAUAAAGCAGACGCUGAGAUGGAGCGCAAUACCAAUGUCAAUAGCUUGAGCGUGAACUCCGAAGGUGCAAGAGAUCCACCGAGCAUGAGGGCCUAUAAUGAUGGGUGGUCGCAGCUCCAGAAUCGUGUGGAUUCCGCUCCUGAUUCUCACUCCAUACAGGCAAUGUUGCUAUACGACGAGACCCAUCAAGUUCCUCUUCCCACAGUGUCUAAGGAACGGUCUAACUUUGUGAUACUCAACACUGCUACGUUCCUUCUUCGUGUUGUUCCAAGAGACAGUGGGCCGAGUGCCAAGAGAGAACAGGAUCCUUUGGUGGAAGCAAGAAACCGAGCUUUUGGCCAGUUCCAUGGUCUAGAGAAUUUGAGAGUUCUAUUUGAAAGAGAGCUUAACAGGAUUGAAUGUAUUGUGGAGGAGGAGAGGAUGCGCUUUGCAGGUCUGGGCAGGGAGUUGUCGCUUCUUGCGCUUCCUGCUUCGGCUGCAAAUUCUGCAAACUCCGCCCUUCAGAGAGCCGCCAGCGGAGUUAUUCGCCAGCGGACCGGAGGAUCUCUCACAUCCAACCUGAUGAGAGUAAGGUCGAACCAGUCAAGAAAGGCUAGAAGAGAUUCAGACAAAGAGACCGGAGAUAAGAUCAAGGAGAAACAUCUUGUGAGAACAAGACAGCAACUCCAGUCAGCAGAGACCGAGCCUGCCAGUAUCACCAAUCCUUUCGAAGGUUACCUGGAAGAUGAAGACAAAACAGAGCUCAAAGAGGAGUCUGGGUCUCGUCUUGUUACUGCUGUCGAGUUUGAGAGAAACGGCAGGGUUUUUGGUGCCUUAAAAUUGGCGUCACCAGAUGAGCCUUUCACCCUGGCUUACUACACUGCGAUUGGACUUAUCCGUGACAGAAAUCACAAAACGGUUUGGCAAAUGCUCUCAGAUAUAAGAAAACGCAAACGCGGCGACUCGACUGCCUCAAUCAAUGCUGAGCGGCAGCAUCAUACACUGGACUUGAACGUUGAAUUCCGCAGUUUGCUGUCGGAUCAACGCAAUAAUGAUGUACUUCAAACACCUCCUUCUAUCACGGUUGAUAGCGUCGAUCUGAUGUCGAUUACGGUGGAUUCCCAAUACCCGCUACCAAUUGAUCUGGAACACGCAAAUUUCUGCUACGGAACGGCAGAAACGAUUUACCUGAACGAUCCAUCCAAAAGCCCAGAGUCUUCUCUAUCAGCCAUCGUUAAAGGUAACGAAUUGGUAAGGGAAUUUGGCAACUAUCGCGAGCGGUUCAGUGCGGCGAAGGCCCAGGCAGAUGAGCUCAAGGCACGACUAAAAGAAGCUUUUGCUGCAGAUUCUCAGGAACUGGCCCGUCGCUCAGAAAGGCUGCGCCUGAGUGUUCCGCUUAUCAAGAACCUGAACUCCAUGUUGAGUAUCAGGAUCAAGAAGCUCAUUGUUGCCGAUCCACUAACGGUGCUAGCCACCAAUCUCACAGCAGACCGCUGGGAUACACGUAUAAACUACAAGAGCAACGAGGUCGUCCAACGCAAUGUGGUUAGACUCUCCUUGAAAUCUCCUUUCAAUCCCGACAAGGUGAAGGAGACUCUGGUGCCUUCGUUUCAAAGCUGCUUGAUUUCGCGACUUUACUGUUUGCGGAUCGAUCUUGGCCUAGAGCUCGGCACGAGUAAACGCCGUGCGAUCGUAUAUGUUCCAGUUGAAAUACGUUGA